AGUCGCCCAUUUUUCAGUGCCACAUUAUUCUAUCUAACUGACCCAAAACCGCCCCAUAACCGCCUAUUUUCAACAAGAAAACACCAUGCAAAUCUUUGUGAAGACACUGACUGGCAAGACCAUCACCCUUGAAGUCGAGGCCUCUGACACCAUCGAAAACGUCAAGACAAAAAUCCAAGACAAAGAAGGGAUCCCACCAGAUCAACAGCGUCUUAUCUUCGCCGGUAAACAACUAGAAGAUGGCCGCACUUUGUCUGACUACAACAUCCAGAAGGAGUCCACCCUUCACUUGGUGCUCCGUCUCCGUGGUGGAAUGCAGAUUUUUGUCAAGACUCUGACUGGCAAAACCAUCACCCUUGAAGUCGAGGCCUCUGAUACGAUUGAUAAUGUCAAGACCAAGAUCCAAGACAAGGAAGGAAUCCCACCAGAUCAGCAGCGUCUUAUCUUUGCUGGCAAGCAACUCGAAGAUGGCCGCACCUUAUCUGACUACAACAUCCAGAAGGAGUCCACCCUUCACUUGGUGCUCCGUCUCCGUGGUGGAAUGCAAAUUUUUGUCAAGACUCUGACUGGCAAAACCAUCACCCUUGAAGUCGAGGCCUCUGAUACGAUUGAGAAUGUCAAGACCAAGAUUCAGGACAAAGAAGGAAUCCCACCAGAUCAGCAGCGUCUAAUCUUUGCCGGCAAGCAACUCGAAGAUGGCCGCACUCUGUCUGACUACAACAUCCAGAAGGAGUCUACCCUUCAUUUGGUGCUCCGUCUCCGUGGUGGAAUGCAGAUUUUUGUCAAGACUCUGACUGGCAAAACCAUCACCCUUGAAGUCGAGGCUUCUGAUACGAUUGAUAAUGUCAAGACCAAGAUCCAGGACAAGGAAGGAAUCCCACCAGAUCAGCAACGUCUUAUCUUUGCCGGCAAGCAACUCGAAGAUGGCCGCACCUUGUCUGACUACAACAUUCAGAAAGAGUCCACCCUUCACUUGGUGCUCCGUCUCCGUGGUGGAAUGCAAAUUUUUGUCAAAACUCUCACCGGAAAAACCAUCACUCUUGAGGUUGAAGCUUCUGAUACCAUCGAAAACGUCAAGACCAAAAUCCAAGACAAAGAAGGGAUCCCACCAGAUCAACAGCGUCUUAUCUUCGCUGGUAAACAACUCGAAGAUGGCCGCACCUUGUCUGACUACAACAUUCAGAAAGAGUCCACCCUUCACUUGGUGCUCCGUCUCCGUGGUGGAAUGCAGAUAUUUGUCAAGACUCUGACUGGCAAAACCAUCACCCUUGAAGUCGAGGCUUCUGAUACGAUUGAGAAUGUCAAGACAAAGAUUCAGGACAAGGAAGGGAUUCCACCAGAUCAGCAGCGUCUAAUCUUUGCCGGCAAGCAACUCGAGGAUGGCCGCACUCUGUCCGACUACAACAUCCAGAAGGAGUCCACCCUUCACUUGGUGCUCCGUCUCCGUGGUGGAUGCUAAACCAACUCUGAACUAAAAGGACAUGGACGUAGCUAGCUGAUUAGCGCUAAUAAAGUGUGCUAUCAUUGUGAUCAUGUUUAUAUGUACAUGACUAUUCUCUUCUUAUAA